GCUGUGAGAUCAAGAAGUGGAGAAACAAAAGUUGAAAAUCUGGAUGUUAUUUGAUUGUUGUCGUUGGUCUUGAGAUAUGAGGAGCGUUAAUAAUAGUGUUGACACGGUGAACGCCGCCGCUUCCGCCAUCGUCUCCGCCGAGUCUAGAACACAACCGUCGUCGGUUCAUAAGAAAAAAUGGGGAAGCUGGUGGAGCUUGUACUUGUGUUUUGGAUCCAAGAAGAACAAUAAGCGGAUUGGCCACGCAGUGCUUGUACCCGAACCAGCUACAUCCGGAGCUGCGGUGGCUCCAGUCCAAAACUCUUCUAGCAAUUCAACUUCAAUGUUCAUGCCCUUUAUAGCUCCUCCUUCAUCUCCUGCUUCGUUUCUGCCAUCAGGUCCUCCAUCUGUGUCACAUACUCCUGAUCCUGGUCUACUUUGUUCCUUAACCGUCAAUGAACCGCCUUCAGCCUUUACUAUUGGACCUUACGCUCAUGAAACUCAACCUGUUACUCCUCCAGUGUUCUCUGCUUUCACAACAGAACCAUCCACCGCGCCAUUCACGCCACCUCCUGAAUCACCUUCUUCCCCUGAAGUGCCUUUUGCUCAGUUACUUACAUCUUCACUGGAAAAGGCUAGGAGGAACAGUGGCGGCGGAAUGAAUCAGAAGUUUUCAGCUGCACACUACGAGUUUAAGUCUCAUCAAGUGUAUCCUGGAAGUCCAGGUGGUAAUCUAAUCUCCCCUGGUUCAGGUACAUCUUCUCCUUACCCAGGGAAAUGCUCCAUCAUUGAGUUUCGUAUUGGUGAACCUCCAAAGUUUUUGGGUUUUGAGCACUUCACAGCGCGUAAAUGGGGAUCAAGAUUCGGUUCUGGAUCCAUCACACCUGCUGGACAAGGUUCAAGGUUGGGUUCAGGUGCUUUGACUCCUGAUGGUGGUGGAGGACUUGGCUCAAAGCUUGCUUCUGGUGCUCUCACACCACUUGAAGGCAGCCUAUUGGAUGGUCAGAUCACUGAGGUUGCGUCUUUAGCCAAUUCGGACCACGGGUCGUCAAGGCAUAAUGAUGAAGCUGCCGUGGUUCCUCACAGAGUUUCUUUCGAGUUGACAGGUGAAGACGUUGCACGUUGUCUUGCAAGCAAGCUAAACCGUUCCGGUUCACAUGAAAAAGCGAGCGGCGAACACUUAAGACCAAACGGUUGCAAAACGUCGGGAGAAACAGAGAGCGAACAAAGUCAGAAGCUAAGAUCAUUUUCUACAGGUUCUAGCAAAGAAUUCAAGUUUGAUAACACGAAUGAAGAGACGAUAGAGAAAGUUAGAUCGGAGUGGUGGGCGAAUGAGAAGGUCGCCGGAAAAGGUGAUCACAGUCCAAGAAACAGUUGGACUUUCUUUCCGGUCUUACGCUCUGGAUUCACUUGACAAAUUUACCAAGAGAAAAAAGCCUUUUAUCUUCUUCAUUACCUCUAACAUGGGAAGCAAAUUCAGUGAUAUGGUAAGAUAUUGGGGUCUAACAACUAUACAUAUAUAGCUUUGCAUUGUAGGUGUCUUUGUUCUUUGUACUGAUAGCUAUAUAAAAUAGUUUUAACACU